AUGGAUAACGAGAUCGAGGAAUUGUGUUCCACAGCUGGUAAAGCUCCGACGAAAACGACACUAGAAUCGUGGCCCAUUCCAAGUAAACCCUGGUACCUGAUUCGCAUCGACUACGCAGGACCUGUAGAUGGUGGCUUCUUUCUGGUGGUGGUCGACCCGCACUCCAAGUGGCCUGAGGUGCACGUAACCAAAUCGACAACAGCGAAAGCCACCAUCAAACUAUUGAACCAGUCAUUCACUACGUUUGGUGUACCCGAGAUAAUCGUAUCCGACAAUGGCACUCAAUUUUCAGGACACGAAUUCCAAGUAUUCUGCACCAAUCUCGGUAUUCGGCACAUUGGCUGA